AGAAUAGAACGUCUUUUAACGUCAAUCGGAGAUAGCAACAACACUUAAAAAUCAUUGCCUUACCAUGUGCUUUUUAAUGGUAGCUAUUUACUAAUUGACUUAAUAACAUAUUUACGUUGAACGUGUGGAAAAAAAAAUUUUUUUUAUAUAAAAAAAAAGAAAAAACAAAACAAAAAAAAAAACGCAAUUAAUCUCUUCGUAGGAAAUCAUCUCUUUGUUUUUAAUGAAUAACUCUAACAAAAUGAAUGAAAAUAUUACGGAUAAUAAAAUCACUAAAAAUAAAGAUCUUCUUAAGCCUGCUAAUUUUGAAGAAGCCAUCGAUUCAGCUGGUUUUGGCCUAUUUAACUGUAUCUUAAUACUUAUAACUAUAUUGUGCUCUACGGCGAAUAUCUUCUCUAGCACAGCAAUUUCAUAUAUUCUGCCGAUAGCUGAGUGCGAUCUUAAAUUAACCUUACUUAAUAAAGGUGCUUUAAAUGCAGUCACUUACGCUGGCAUGAUAACAUCUGCGAUCGUUUGGGGCUACUUAGCAGACACGCAAGGACGUAAAAAGAUUUUAGUUAUAGGUUGUCUAGCGGAUGCCAUAAGCUCAGCUUGCUGUUCUUUAAGUCAAAAUUUCCAAAUGCUUAUCGUAUUUAAAUUUAUCGAAGGCUUUGCAGCUAACGGUCCUUGUGCGGUACUAUUUACAUAUCUAACCGAGUUUCAUAAUGCAAAAAAUAGACCACGUUUAUCCAUGAUACUAGGCUUAAUACAGUCGUUCGCUAGUUUAAUACUACCCAUGCUAGCCUGGUUAAUAUUGCCGCAAGAUUGGGAUUUUAUAACACAAAGCAGUUUUAAAGUACACACUUGGCAAAUAUUUUUAUUCAUUUGCGGUUUACCAAGUUUAUUAAGUGGUAUAAUAUUUCUUGUUUUGCCCGAAAGUCCCAAGUUUUUAAUGUCUCAGGGUCGUAAUACGGAAGCCUUAAAUGUUUUUCAACAGAUUUAUGCGGUUAAUAGACGUCAAUCGAAAGACUUGUAUCCGAUACGACAACUAAUCGAAGAAGUUCCCAGCCGCGAUUCGAUUCACAUUCCAUCAGCGAUCUUCACGGUGGAGGGUAAAUCAUCAAAAUUAAAUAAAAGUCGGAAAACGACAUCAUUUAAGCAAUCGCUACACGAUGGUUGGCUUCAGAUGAGACCCAUGUUUCAUAAGCCUUUGUUAAGCCGUUCUCUGCAUGUAUACUUGAUGCUAUUUGCGUUAUUGCUUGGUUUGAAUUCGAUACGGCUUUGGUUGCCGCAACUAUUUGCUUCAAUCUCUAAAUAUGAGGCUUUACAUACGGAUGCAAGUGAUUCUACAGAUUUGUGCACUAUUGUGGAAUUCAGCGUAAAUAAAACGCAAGAUGUUCAAAGUUAUACUAGCGAUUGCAGCGCGUAUAAAAAUAUUUCUAUGGAUAUGUAUUUAAAUAAUAUAAUCGUCGCCGUGAUUGGUUUGUUGGGUUAUUUUUGUGCUAUGUUUAUAAUUAGAGUUUUGGGUCCAAAACGUUUGGCAAACUAUUCUCUAUUUGUGGCCGCUUUAUUUGGUAUAGGUCUUUAUUGGUCCACUGACAGCUUAGCGACUUUAAUAAUAUCCGCCUUAUUUGUAAAUAUAUCCAGUAUAGCAACAGCCAGCUUAAAUGGUUUAAUAUUGACAUUAUUUCCUACAACUCUAAGAACUUCUGUGGCGUCAUUAUCAAUGAUGUUCGGUCGUUUAGGUUCUUUGUCGGGUAAUUUAUUGUUCCCCAUUUUUAUGGAAUACGGUUGUUUGCCGCCCUUUUUAAUGGUCAGUUCGAUGACAAUCUUUGCCAGUAUACUGUCUUGCUUAUUACCCAAAGAGACAGAUUUAUUGUUUCUUUGAUGAAUGCUUUGAAUCUGAUGUCGAUAGCCAAAAAUGAUUUCCUUUAGGACGAGACAUUUGUUUGAAAUAGUACCCGAAAAUUUUCUCGUAUUUUUCUUGUAUCGUAUUUUUAGUAUUCUGACAUCUGAAAAUGGAAAUUGACAUAUUGUAUGAAUAUGAAUAUGUAACAUUAAGUAUAUUACCACUCACCUUAGUUAAAAUUCUUAUCACG